AUGACAUCAGCCGAGAGAUUGUUUAAAGCCUUAUUUAUGUAUUUCGACAACGUAUUUGCGCAGAACACCAACGUGGAUGUAACUACAGACCUUCGUUAUAAAGAUUCAUGGACCUUUUACAAACGUCUCGAAAGUUCGUUGUAUCCAUGGCUCUAUGAAGGCUGGAACAAUGCCUUUCAAAUCAACAACCAAACCAAUGGUCGCGGCAUCGUUAUUGCAGUCGGCGACGACCAAUUUCGUUUCGCAGCAACCACCAUUAAAACCCUUCGUGAAGUUUUAAAUUGUACUUUGCCUAUCGAGGUAUUUUUUGUACGAGAAGAUGACUUGUCUGUAGCCAGACGUUCUUAUCUCCAAACCGAGUUUGAAGACGUCACCUUGAAAAAAAUUGAAGAUUACGUUGGAUAUCACUAUACACAGUUCGGCGGCUGGGCUAUGAAACCCUUUUGUAUUUUGUCCAGUUCCUUCAGAGAAGUGAUCUUGAUGGAUGCCGAUGCUUUUUUUCUGCAGAACCCAGAAAAAUUGUUUGAUGAUAAAGGUUAUCAGCUCACUGGUAGUCUAUACUUUUAUGAUCGCACUUUAUUCCCUGACUGGGAUGUGGGAGCGGGAUGGUUAAAUUCGUUCUUACCUACUAUGAGUACAUUAGUGCCAGAAACUAGAUGGUACCAAAGAACUUCAACUCACGAGCAGGAAUCCGGUGUAAUAGUUAUGGACAAGCAGAAGGCAUUACUGGGUUUACUAUCCACUUGUAAAUUGAAUGGUAAAACAGAACGUGAUGAGAUUACAUUCUGGGUUGGCUUCGAAAUUACUCAAACUCCUUACGCUUUUAACAAGUUUUAUGGUGCAGUUAUUGGACAAAUGGGACGUGGUGGAGAUGACGGAUCACCGGAGAAUGUGUGCGGUAAUCAAUUGCACGUUGAUAUCAAUCAUGUGCCUCUAUGGUUCAAUGGAGGAUUAUACCGACACAAAUAUGACUAUGACAAUCUCACUUAUCUUGAAUUCACGCAUUAUGCUGAAGGUGAAGACUGGGAUUUUGAUACACAUUGCCUCAAUGACCAUGACAAAAUUCGAGAAGUACACCCUGAACAGAGAACCAUUGCUAUGGCUUCAAUCGAAAUAGACAAAAAGAGAGAAAAAGAUGAGGCUUUGUUAGAAAAAGGCGAAUGGACACCUAAGAAACUAGAUCUAUAGAACUGUUGCAUUUACUUUAUAUCUUACAUCUUCCAUAUCCAGAG